UUACAGUAGUUAUUCCCCCUUCCCAAAAAUCGCCUCAGAUUUUCUGGUUCGAAAUCCUCUACCCCCUCCCAUGGCGUCCCUCUUCAGGGCUCGCCGCCGGCGAUCGCCGGAGGACGACGGCGAGGGGGAGGACGGAUCCGCGUCCGGGCGGGUCACCCGCCGCCGCCUGUCGCCGGAGGAGGGCGCGCUGUCGCUGGCCGAGGCGUCGGCGUCGGUGGCCGCGGCGGGGGCGGGGGCGGAGAGUAGCCCCGGGUGGCUCUCCAGCAUCGUGUCCGGAGCGAGGAGGGUGAUCUCCUCGGUGUUGUUCUCCUCUCCCGAGGAGGCCGCCUCAGGGGAGGAGGAGGAGGACGACGACGAGGAAGAUGAAACAGAAGACAAUCAUGGAGCAAUAGUUUCAUACAAUGAGUCAAAGCUUGCCAUUGAGGAAAUGGUUAUGAAGGAGACAUUCUCAAGGGAUGAAUGUGAUAAAAUGGUAAAGCUCAUACAGUCACGAGUUACAGAUGCUGCACUUCCUGAAGCACCUGAGUAUGGAACGCCGAAAGAAAUUCCAACCAGGAAUACUGUUGUUGGAAAUGAUUUCACGGGAGCUUGGCGUUCCUUGAGUCGCCACAGAAAUGGCACUGAACCAGUUCCAUUCUCUAGUAUUGGAUCUGGUAGCUUUUCUCCUGGUUCUCCUCUCCAUGCAUCGCCCGAGCUAUUAAGCGCAGCAGUUAUGGAAGCAAAGAAAUGGUUAGAAGAGAAAAGGCAGGGAUUAGGUUCAAAGCCUGAAGACCAUGGACCUUGCACAUUAAACACUGAUAUGCUUAACUCUGGGUUUGAAUCUGACAUGGGUUCUCCAGUUGAUUUAGCAAAAUCAUACAUGCAGUCAUUGCCUCCUUGGCAAUCUCCAUUCUUAGGUAGCCAGAAGUUUAAAACACCACCCUCUGCUGGGUUACAUAUGUAUGAUUAUGAAGGGAAGUCCAAAUAUUCUCUCCCCUCAUCAAAGGUCACCACCAAGGAAGAAUAUCUUUCCAAUUUUUGGGAAAAUUUGGAGGAAUCUCGUAGGUCUCGCCUGGGAUCAUCUGGAAGUUCUCCAGAUGCUUCUAAAGUCAGGCAGUAUGGUUCUACUUCCAGAUUGUUUGAGAAUGAUACAUCUAUAUUCUCAUCGGGUACUGAUAAGAAAGUUGACAAACCUGAGCAAAAUAAUAAAGGUUCUGAUAAGGUUGCAGGAGCAGAACCGGCUAAUGGGCACUCCUCACCUAUCACUGAUAAAAAUCAUGUGUUUGUUGAUCCUGUGGACCCUGCAAAUGACAUAGGGAAUGUUGUCAAAGAAUGCAAUGCUGCAUCCAAAGUUCAUAUAGAGGAGAUAUCACAGGGGAACCAAAUAUCUUCCACAAGUGUUACAAAGGAUGCUGACCGUGAUGGGGAUGUUAAAGCUCCUGUUGCAGAACCGGAAAUUCACAUGGAGUCAGAUAUAAACUCAGCGUCAGAGUUGAGAACAAAGGAUACAGGUCCCCACAUCCAUGCGAGCUUAAAUGGGUCGACCAAAAAAACUUCUGCCAAUGGCCUUCGGGAUCAAUCAAAUGCCAACUCGGGGGUAGAAUCUUCGGGCAAUGAUAAUCCCAGUUGCACCAACUCGAGCACCGGUGUGCCUCCCACCAAUAACGAGGUUAAUGAUCCUAAAGCUGAUGCCGCAGAUGGUGAUUCUGUGGAGAAUGGCACACGAUUGAAUUCAGAAGAACCUGCGCAGGUAGACCCAAAACCAGCCUACGUUCGGCGAGGACGGAAAAGGGUGGUCCGAGGCACGAGAGGAAGAGCAAAGUAGAAGAGCAUCUACUGCACCCACAAUUGUUUGUAUACCACUAAUAUUAACGGCCCAAAUGGGUGGUAUGAUAAUGAUACCUAGGUUAACUAGAGUUAGCAUUGAUCGGUGGAUUUUAUCGUGCACCCACUCUUUGUACCCAUGUUGUAUUAUUGUAGGCGUCAUACUGACUACGUUUCACGAUUUGGAUGUGAUUACUAGGACUGGUAGAUGCCUCCUUUUUUCUUCUCAGUGUAAAACUUAUGAGUAGUUUGUGCAGAUGGAAGAACAAAUGGUUUGUUUGUAGUAUUGUUGUAGCAGUAAAUGGCUAGCCAUCUAGGUGACUAGAGAUGUACUACUUCAGUAUCAUGCAGCGCUGGACGCUGAGGAUUCUCGACAUGUAACCAGUAUUUCGUACUACGGAUAUUCUAUUCAUUGUGUGGUAAAUGAACUGCGGCUACGGUUUGCAUUUUGUAA